UAGCUUUAGAGAGAGAGAGAAAUAGAGAGAGGGAGAAGCCAGUAGAAAAGUACUCUACACGUAGCUGUGAGAGUGGUGGGUAGCUGAACCAAGCCAAACCAGCAGAGCAGAAGUGACUACUGUAACCCACGGAUUAUUGAUUCAUACUAAUAUUCAUCUCUCUGUGUAUCUGACUCUGACUGUUACUUCUCAUCAGAGCUCUGCUCCCUGACUUCCGGAGCGUGUGGGAGAUAGAGGCAUCCGGAGGCUGAGCACUGCAACUGGAGAAAGUGUGCGUGAGUGUGUUUGUGUAAAAGAGACUGGAAGUAUGUGUGUGUCUGUGUGUAUGAGCGUGCCAGAAAGUGCAUGAGCUUGUGUGAGCGAGGAACGUGUAUAUGAAAAAGUGUGUGUGUGAGACAGUGUGUGUGUGUGAGAGAGAGAUAGAGAGAAAGAGAGAGAGAGACUCAGCCUGUUGGUCUAUCUACCCAGUGAGCUAGCUGGCUUUGGGGCAAGUAGUCAGGCAGGCUGCUCUGCUCAUGGACUAGGGAGCUCUGAGUUCUGGACUCACGGCACCACACUUCAGAAGCAGCCGCUCCUCUGCUGCUGUGCUCUUCAUGUUGGACUAAGGACCAGUGAAGGUCCAGAAGCCAGGAUGAGUGAGGAGGCCAGGGAAAAGACCCCAGCCAGGACUGCCUCCGCACACCGCAAGAAGAAAGGCAAGAAGUCGGACAGCAAUGCCAGCUACCUGAGGGCUGCCAGGGCAGGGAACCUGGAGAAGGCUCUGGAAUACCUGAAGACUGGCGUCGACAUCAACAUCUGCAACCAGAAUGGUCUGAAUGCUCUCCAUCUAGCCUCUAAGGAGGGCCAUGUGGAGGUGGUGACAGAACUCAUCAAACAAGGAGCCAAUGUUGACGCAGCUACCAAGAAAGGGAACACAGCCCUACACAUAGCCUCGUUGGCAGGACAGAAGGAUGUGGUCAAAGAGCUGGUUACCAACAGUGCUAAUGUCAACGCUCAGUCUCAGAAUGGCUUCACCCCCCUGUACAUGGCAGCCCAGGAGAACCACAUGGAGGUGGUCCAGUACCUCCUGGACAACGGCUCCAGCCAGGGCAUCGCUACAGAGGACGGCUUUACCCCCCUGGCGGUGGCUCUCCAGCAGGGUCACGAACAGGUGGUCUCCCUGCUCCUGGAGAACGACACCAAGGGCAAGGUCCGCCUCCCAGCUCUCCACAUUGCUGCCCGCAAGGACGACACCAAGGCAGCCGCCCUGCUCCUCCAGAACGACCACAACGCAGACGUGGAGUCAAAGAGUGGUUUCACGCCGCUCCACAUCGCCGCUCACUAUGGCAACAUCAACGUAGCAACACUGCUCCUCAACAGGGGGGCCGCCGUCGACUUCAAGGCCAGGAAUGACAUCACACCCAUGCAUGUGGCAUCCAAACGAGGGAACAGCAACAUGGUGAAGCUGCUGCUGGAGAGAGGGGCCAAGAUCGAUGCCAGGACGAAGGAUGGUCUGACCCCCCUCCAUUGCGGGGCCAGGAGUGGACAUGAGCAGGUGGUGGAGAUGCUGCUGGACAGAGGAGCUCCCAUCCUCUCCAAGACCAAGAACGGGCUGUCUCCUCUGCACAUGGCCACCCAGGGUGACCACCUCAACUGCGUCCAGCUUCUCCUCCAUCACGACGUGCCCGUCGAUGAUGUCACCAACGACUACCUGACCGCCCUGCACGUCGCCGCCCAUUGCGGACACUACAAGGUCGCCAAGGUCAUCGUGGACAAGAAGGCCAACCCCAACGCCAAAGCACUGAACGGUUUCACGCCACUCCACAUUGCCUGUAAGAAGAACAGGAUCAAAGUGAUGGAACUGCUUCUCAAGCAUGGAGCCUCCAUACAGGCUGUGACUGAGUCGGGACUCACUCCCAUUCAUGUGGCCGCGUUUAUGGGACACGAAAACAUUGUGACUCAGUUGACGAAUCACGGAGCUUCGCCAAACACAACCAAUGUGAGAGGAGAGACGGCACUCCACAUGGCAGCCAGAGCAGGCCAGUCAGAAGUGGUGAGGUACCUGGUCCAGAGUGGAGCCACAGUGGAAGCUAAGGCCAAGGACAACCAGACGCCCCUGCAUAUCUCCAGUCGUCUGGGUAAACCAGACAUCGUGCUGCAGCUGCUGCAGAACGGAGCGUGCCCAGACUCCACCACCUCCUCCGGCUACACGCCCCUCCACCUGGCUGCCCGCGAGGGCCACAAGGACGUGGCCGCAGCCCUGCUGGACCAGGGAGCAACGCUGGACAUCACCACCAAGAAGGGCUUCACCCCCCUCCAUGUGGCAGCUAAAUACGGAAAGAUUGAAGUGGCCAACCUGCUUCUGCAGAAGAACGCUCCUGCCGACGCAGCAGGCAAGAGCGGUCUAACUCCACUGCAUGUGGCAGCGCACUACGAUAACCAGAAGGUGGCGCUGCUCCUGCUGAACCAGGGAGCGUCUCCCCACGCUGCUGCCAAGAAUGGUUACACGCCUCUCCACAUCGCAGCCAAGAAGAACCAGAUGGAGAUCGCCACCACGCUGCUGGAGUAUGGCGCUGCGACCAGCGCUGUGACCCGCCAGGGCAUCACCCCGCUCCACCUGGCAUCCCAGGAGGGCCACGUGGACAUCGUCACCCUGCUCCUGGCACGAGACGCCACCAUCGACAUGGGGAACAAGAGCGGUCUGACUCCGCUCCACCUGGCUGCCCAGGAGGAUAAAGUUAAUGUAGCCGAGGUCUUGGUCAACCAGGGAGCUACUGUUGACCCAGAUACAAAGUUGGGCUACACGCCACUGCAUGUGGCCUGUCACUAUGGAAAUGUGAAGAUGGUCAACUUCCUGCUGAAGAACCAGGCGAAGGUCAAUGCCAAAACAAAGAACGGUUACACACCACUCCACCAGGCGGCCCAGCAAGGCCACUCCCACAUUAUUAACCUGCUGCUGCAGUACGGGGCCUCACCCAAUGAGCUGACAGUGAAUGGUAACAGCGCUCUGUCCAUCGCCAGCCGGCUGGGCUACAUCUCUGUGGUGGACACUCUGAAGGUGGUGACUGAGGAGACUCUGACCACUCUGACAGUGACAGAGAAGCACAAGAUGAACGUGCCAGAGACCAUGAAUGAAGUCCUGGACAUGUCCGAUGAUGAGGUCCGUAGGGCCAAUGUACCUGAAAUGCUCAGUGAAGACUAUAUGUCAGAUGUUGAUGAAGGUGAGGAUGCGAUGACGGGCGAAACGGACAAGUACCUGGGCCCCCAGGACCUGAGGGAGCUGGGGGACGACUCUCUCCCACAGGAGGGCUACAUGGGUUUCAGCAUUGGAGCGCGCUCACAGAGCCUGCGCUCCUUCAGUUCAGAUAGGUCCCACACCCUCAACAGGAGUUCUUUCACCAGGGACAGCAUGAUGAUCGAGGAGAUCUUGGCGCCCAACAAGGACUCGAACCUGGCGGUGGCGCGGGACAUGGACUCUGACUCUCUGAGACGCUACAGCUGGGCAGCUGACACUCUGGACAACGUCAACCUGGUGUCCUCUCCCGUACACUCUGGCUUCCUGGUCAGCUUCAUGGUGGACGCCAGGGGCGGGUCCAUGAGAGGAAGUCGUCACAAUGGGAUGCGCAUUAUUAUCCCCCCCAGAAAGUGCACUGCGCCAACACGAAUCACCUGUCGAUUGGUCAAGAGGCACAAAUUGGCAACUCCACCCCCAAUGGUGGAGGGGGAGGGGCUUGCCAGCCGAUUGGUGGAGGUGGGACCGGCUGGAGCGCAGUUCUUGGGGCCAGUCAUUGUGGAGAUCCCCCAUUUUGGCUCGUUGCGGGGCCAGGAGCGCGAGUUGAUCAUGCUGAGAAGUGAGAAUGGAGAGACAUGGAAGGAACACCAGUAUGAUUAUAAGACUGAAGACCUCAACCAGCUCCUGAAUGGCAUGGAUGAAGAGCUUGACAGUUCAGCUGAGCUGGAGAAGAAGAGGAUCUGCCGCAUCAUCACUAAGGAUUUUCCACAGUACUUUGCCGUAGUGUCUAGGAUAAAGCAGGAAUCCAAUCAGAUGGGUCCAGAGGGAGGGACUCUGACCAGCAAGACCGUGUCAUUGGUGCAGGCAUCCUUCCCAGAGGGGGCGCUUACCAAGAAAAUACGCGUCGGACUGCAGGCCCAGCCGAUUCCUGAAUAUACAGUGAAAACUAUCCUGGGGAACCGGGCCACCUUCAGCCCCAUCGUCACUGUGGAACCACGCAGGAGGAAGUUCCACAAGCCCAUCACCAUGACAAUCCCCGUCCCGCCACUCUCAGGGGAAGGUGUGAGCAAUGGAUACAAGGGUGACUCCACCCCCUGCCUCCGCCUUCUCUGCAGCAUCACAGGAGGAACCUCUCCAGCCCAGUGGGAAGACAUCACAGGCACUACCCCUCUUACUUUCGUCAAUGACUGUGUGUCAUUCACCACCAAUGUGUCAGCCAGGUUCUGGUUGGCAGACUGCCACCAGAUUCCAGAGACGGUGGGUUUGGCCACCCAGCUGUACCGGGACCUGAUCUGUGUUCCCUACAUGGCCAAGUUUGUGGUGUUUGCCAAAAUGAAUGACCCUGUUGAAUCCCGGCUGCGCUGCUUCUGCAUGACGGAUGACAAGGUGGACAAGACUUUAGAGCAGCAGGAGAACUUUGAGGAGGUGGCCCGGAGCAAGGAUAUUGAGGUUCUGGAAGGCAGACCCAUCUAUGUGGAUUGCUAUGGUAACUUGGCCCCUCUGACCAAAGCUGGACAGCAGCUCAUCCUGAACUUCUACGCAUUCAAAGAGAACAGACUUCCCAUCUGUGUCAAGGUCAGAGACAAUAGUCAGGAGCCAUGUGGACGUCUCAGUUUCCUGAAAGAGUGCAAGACUCCAAAGGGCUUCCCUCAAACAGCUGUGUGCAACCUCAACAUCACUCUGCCAGCACUGAAGAAGACUGAAAAACCCGAGCGACGUCACACCUUUGCAUCUCUAGCCUUGCGUAAGCGCUACAGCUAUCUGGCCGAGCCUGCGAUGAGCCCCCAGAGUCCCUGUGAAAGAACAGACCUGCGCAUGGCCAUAGUGGCAGAUCACCUGGGUCUGAGCUGGACUGAGCUGGCCAGGGAAAUGGAUUUCUCUGUGGAUGAGAUCAAUCACAUUCGGGUGGAAAAUCCCAACUCUCUGACAGCUCAGAGCUUCAUGCUUUUAAAGAAAUGGGUUAGCCGAGACGGUAAAAAUGCCACAACGGAUGCCUUAACCGCAGUGCUGACAAAGAUCAAUCGUCUGGAUAUUGUGACAUUGCUGGAAGGGCCAAUAUUUGACUAUGGUAACAUUUCAGGCACACGGUGUUUUGCAGAUGAUAACGCAGUAUUCCUGGAUCAGUCUGAUGGUUACCACAACAUAGAGCUGGAGUUGCAGACCCCCACAGAGCUGAGCUAUGAGCCCCCCACCCCGCUUCGCCACCAUGACUUCUUUAAGCAGGAUAGCCUAGACUCCCCAACCACAACCCCAGCUAGACCCAGUGACCUCACCCUAAACCAGACCACCAGCGACCCCCCGGCCCAAGGCCCCUGUGCCCAACCCCCCACUGUGGUGGAGGAGGACACCUCCCUAGACAACAGAAGGGACCUGGGGUCCUGGGGGCCUGAGGCAUCCACUGGAGAGGAUACAGGGGUGAGCCGUGAGUCUGUGGUGUGUGACGAGCCCCGGGAUAGUGAGGAAGCAAGUAGGGCUCCGGAGCAGGCUGCCCAGGCAGAGCCCUCCCCUCAGGGCCAGGGUGAGGAGAUUGAGAAGGAGAUAAAGGACCAGGGUCUGCCUGUAGGGGGGCCCUCCCUGUCCUCUGGCCCAGCCCCAGACACCUCUGACUGGAAGGAAAAUGCAGAGGAGGCUGGGCAGUCUGGUUCUAUGCUGGUGGUGGUGGAGGAGGAGGAGGAGGAGAUGACCCAGGAGAGACUGCUGUCCCUACUGGAAGAAAUCAAGCUGGAAGAGGGCUCAGAGGAAGAGGAGAUGACGGAGGAGAGGCUGAACGCCAUCCUUGCCCAGGUGCAGCAGGCAGAAAAAGACAUGUGUUCAAUUCCAGGUUGGCGCAGUGAUGCAUCCAGUAACAACAUGGAAACACCCACCCCAGGAAGGACGCCGGGGGCUGAGGGCCCCGAGAGGAGCCCUGACAGCACCAAGGAGACCCACAGGUCAUCUGACCAGGGCCUUCCGGCGAAGCAGAAUGGAGAACGUGUGGCCCCAUCCUCCCAGUCACCUCCAGAAGCAGAGGAGGCAGCCAGCGUGGGGAAAGACCAGACCCGAGCCCCGGGGAAAGCCCAACCCAAGGGCCAAAAAGAGGAGGAGAGCAGGGCAGGAGCCCUGGAGGACAGCAGCACAGCAGGACCAAGUAGCAGCAGCAAACAGGAAGGAGAGGCUGCAGCUGGGUCCCAGCACAAAGUCCAGCAGGGUGCUCGUAGAACUAUCGAGUCCAGCUCAGAUGAGGAAACCACCGUCACCACCAAGGUGUAUCGCAGACGGGUCAUUCUCAAGGGAGAGCAGGCCAGAAACACUCCUGUUGAGUCUGUGACGGAGGAGCAAUUCACUGACGAGGACGGAAACAUUGUCACCAGAAAAGUGAUCAGGAAGGUAGUGCGCCGUGUGGGCGCGGCCUCAGAGGAAGACAAAGGUGCAGCUGAAAGAGCAGGAGCUACAGGAGGAGGAGGAGGAGGAGGAGGAGGAGGGAAGGGCAGGAAAAGGAGCAAGCGCUCCCGGGGCAGUCAAAAGGCUGAGAAACAGGAAGAGGAGGAGUCAAAGAGCUCCAAGGGUUCCACUGAGGCCCAGAAGGGAAAAACUGAGUCUGGAGAAGGAGCAAAGGGGAAACAGGGGAAGAAAAAGUCUCAAUCGUAACAGUGGUGUGCUCAACCUGAUUUGUUUAUGUUUCCUAAUUUGCAUAAUCCUCGGUGGGAAAAUGACUGGAACCUCAGAAGCGGGAGAAAUCAGCCAAUCAGAACGUGUGCCUGCUGCUUUCACAUUAACGCAUGGUUUUCAGCAAGAUGACUUCAUUUGAUUUCGCAUGAGCAUGACAUACACACUUCUUCUGUCAACAACUUUGGGGGCGACUAGCCUGUGACCUUCGACAUAUGACCUACAGAAGAACGGUGGUGUCCACUUCCUCAUUAUUGACCAAUGAGAGGAGAGUCUUCAGCAUGAAAAGAUGUGAUGAAAGGUGGCACAAAAGGAAAUGUGAUUGACAGGUGCAGAGGGACACUUCUGAGGCACCUCCUAGUCUGCCGCCUUACCCAUCUCUGCCCCCACAAACCACCACAUGGGGCUGUACAACGUGGCUUCGCUUUUUAAUGGAUACAUUGGGUGAUUCUGUUGUAUAUAAAUGACACUGUACAAAUCAAAUUAAAAAAUGAAUACGUAGCUCACAGAUUAUGUUUAUGCACUGGUAGGAUGGCUUGGUGAUAAAGAAGUGCAUUUGAGAAUGAAAUGCCAAUAAUGGCUCACUCCACCUUUAUAGAAACGCUUGGGUGUGACUUCACAUGUUCUUGGGAGCACAGGUGAUGGAGGCACGAUUUAAAUCGACAAGGAGGACAUUUUUGUCCGAUCGUCUUGAGAUUAUCUGACUGUAGAAAAUCAGCUGAUGUGAAUACUCAGUCUGUCAUCUUCCGAGUACUGAUAUUUUGAUGCAUGUGAUUCACCUAAUUUUAGUUAUCUUUUCAUUUUUUCUUUUCUAUUUUGCAAACACUGUAUUAUGAAUUAGCAAAGGGUUGUUGGUACUUCCUCUGUCUGUGUACGUUCAUGGCGCUAGACCAGUACGUCACUACACUACGACUGUUUUUAUUCAAACACAUGAACACCCCCCCUCCUGGGGUCAUGGGAGUAAUAGAAGAGACCCGCUCCAUAGCAAACGUGACAAACAUGACAAAGAACUCACUUCCUUCAGUACAGUUUAAUGGCCACUACUAUUACAGGCUUGGAGACCCAUGACAACAAUUAUCUGAAUGUAUAUGUAGACUGGUACAUUGUGAACUUUAAUAAACUGUCAUCCUGUGUAUUGGCGAUAAGAUGUAGAAGUCUUUCUGCCAGUGGCAAAAGACUGCCAAUUCUUUGUAAUCAUUCUAGCAGUGUAAUAUUAGGGAGUGAAGAUACCGUGCUUUGAAGGGGUCUUUUUAUUUGAGGGGGAUUGUUUGUUUGGUGACAUCAUUUUCUUUGCUUUGUUUUGUUUUCAUAUAAGACCACCUACAAACAUCUAUUGAUGAUAGAUCUGGUAUCAUUACUGUAUGAACAAACCAACAUAGCCCACACUGGAUGAACCGAUUCA